AUGGGAGCAUCUACACAAGCAUACGGUGACCCGUGGUACUGGGACAACAGAUAUUCCAGUGAAUCAGGACCAUUUGAUUGGUACCAAAAGUAUUCUUCCUUAGCUCCCCUCAUCAAUCUCUACAUCUCUCGUCACGUCCAUCCUCGAAUCCUUGUCGUUGGUUGUGGCAACUCAGCAUUUAGUGAAGGUAUGGUGAGUGAUGGAUAUGAAGACGUGGUUAACAUUGAUAUAUCCUCUGUGGUAAUUGAAGCUAUGCAAAAGAAGUAUAGUAAUCAUCCUCAAUUGAAAUAUAUUGGAAUGGAUGUGCGAGAUAUGAGUGAUUUUCAAUCUGAUUCAUUCGAUGCUGUUAUUGAUAAAGGAACUUUGGACUCUAUCUUGUGCGGGAAUGAAUCAAGAAAAAAUGCUGCCAAGAUGCUCAAGGAAGUUUGGAGGGUUCUCAAGGACAAUGGAGUGUAUAUUUUGGUUACAUAUGGAGCUCCAGUGUAUCGCUUACAAACAUUAAGAGACUCGUGUUCGUGGAGGAUAAAGCUCCAUGUUAUAGAGAAACUUUUGUUAGAUGAAGGUUCUGAACAUCCAAUUCGGGAGCUGACAAAUCCUGUACCUCUGGAUGAAAAUGGGAGUUCGGUAGAAGCAGUGCUUGGAAAGAAUCCCGAUGUUCACUACAUUUAUGUUUGUACUAAAGACCCAGGGAGCCUUCCUUUAAGGAGACAUGUUUCUGACAGAAAAAGGGCGGCUUGUGAUGGGUUAAAGCGUAUAACUGGUCCACUAGAUGAUGAUUGUUUGCUGCAACAGAGGGAGGCUGUUGUUAUUGUUAUUGUUGUUGUUGUUGUUGUUGUUGUUGUUGUUGUUAUUAGACACAUCCUUGAUCAUUCACUGAAUAUAGAGCAGAUAUUGGAAGAAGCAAAGCACCGUUGGCUUCGACCUACUGAAAUAUUGCAAAUUCUUCGCAAUUACCAGAAGUUUAAGUUGACUGCAGAGCCACCUGCUAGGCCUGCAGCUGGGUCUAUGUUCUUGUUUGAUCGAAAAGCACUUAGAUAUUUCCGUAAAGAUGGUCAUCGUUGGAGGAAGAAAAAAGAUGGGAAAACUGUCAGAGAAGCGCAUGAAAAGUUGAAGGCUGGCAGUGUGGAUGUUCUCCAUUGUUACUAUGCCCAUGGGGAAGAUAAUGAGAACUUUCAGCGGCGGUGCUAUUGGAUGCUUGAUGGGCAGCUAGAGCACAUUGUUUUUGUACACUACAGAGAAGUGAAAGAGGGAUACAAGUCUGGUGUAUCACGUUUACUAGAAGAUUCAGGGACACGGGUUGAAAACCUUCAACCCAGUCCUGCUACUUCCUUUGCACAAGCAGCCUCACCUGCUUCUACAGCUCAGACAUCUUAUGCGUCAAGUCCAAACAAAAUUGACUGGAAUGGAAAAACAUUAUCUUCAGAAUUUGAGGAUGUGGAUUCUAGAAAUGGUCCAGGAACCUCUUCUCUCACUCAAUUCAUCCAGGGCUCUAUAUCACACAAUUCAUCUUUCCUUGCACCUGGAGUUGAUGUAUUCAAUGUGUUAUCAAGGAAUCCUCCUGGAUCAUGGUUUGCAGAAGCAAAAUUUGAUCAUGGCACAAAAUCAUCUCCGUUGCCUGAAAUUCACAGCUCUGACCAAAGUGUAUUUAUUGUGCCUGGCCAGAAACUUUUUGUUGAGAAACCUGGUGGAGCUGAGUUCCUUACUCAUAAACUAACAGAUGCUACAUUAGAAGGUGACACAGUUCCAGAUACUGUGGUUAGUGCAAAUGGGUUGAUCACUGAUAUAACUGCAGCUCCUCAAAAAGUAAUUCAGGAGCUUGAUUUCAAUUUGAUUUCUCCCCAAUUUCUUAAUCGCUCUGGGACUCAAACAAUGGCUGCUUCUACUGCCAAAGUUGAGAACAAAGUCAACAAUAGAGUUGCUAACAAUAUUGAAUCAGGAGAGCUAAAGAAACUUGACAGUUUCGGGAGAUGGAUGGAUAAAGAAAUUGGUGGAGAUUGUGAUGAUUCUUUGAUGGCUUCUGAUUCUGGCAACUAUUGGAAUACACUGGGUGCUGAGAAUGAAGACAAGGAAGUUUCCAGUUUGUUGAACCAUAUGCAGUUGGAAAUCGAUUCAUUAGGCCCUUCUCUUUCCCAGGACCAGCUAUUUAGCAUCCGUGAUUUCUCACCAGAUUGGGCUUAUUCUGGUGUUGACACGAAGGUUCUGAUCAUCGGUACGUUUUUGGGAAGCAAGAAGUUUACCAGUGAAACUAAAUGGGGCUGUAUGUUUGGUGAGAUUGAAGUUUCUGCCGAGGUUUUGAAUGAUUAUGUCAUUCGUUGUCAAGUUCCUCAACAUGCUCCCGGCCGUGUUCCAUUUUAUGUCACCUGUCGUAACAGAUUGUCGUGCAGUGAGGUGAGGGAAUUUGAAUAUCGUGAAAAUCCUUAUGGGGUUGCAUCUUUGUCUGCCAAAAGUGCUCAACAAGAGGAAAUGCUCUUCCAAAUGCGUUUAGCAAAGUUAUUAUAUUUAGGCCCUGUGAUGAAGUUGUCGAACUGCUCCAUUGAUGAUUGUGAAAGAUGCCAGCUGAGAAGUACUUUAUAUUCUUUGAGAAAUGAUAGUAAAAAGGAUUUGGGAAAGGUCAAAGAUAAUGGCAUGGUUGCUGUAGGUGAUAGCAUUGACUUUAGAGAUAAGUUGAUCCAAAGUUUGCUGAAGGACAGACUUUGUGAGUGGCUGGUCUGUAAAGUUCACGAGGGAGGUAAAGGACCAAAUGUUUUGGAUGAAGAAGGUCAAGGAGCCAUCCAUUUGGCUGCCGGUCUUGGUUAUGAAUGGGCCAUGGACCUCAUAGUUGCUGCCGGUGGCAAUCCCAAUUUCAGAGAUGCACGAGGUAGAACGGCACUUCACUGGGCAUCAUAUUUUGGGAGAGAAGAAACAGUGAUUGCACUUAUUAGAUUGGAUGCAGAUCCAACUGCUGUUGCCGACCCAACUCCAGCAUUUCCUGGAGGACAAAGUGCAGCUGAUUUAGCAUCAUGUCGAGGCCAUAAAGGCAUUGCUGGAUACUUGGCUGAAGCCUUUUUAAGCAGACAUCUUUCAACCUUGAAUAUUCACCAAAAUGAGAUGGAUAGUGUUGCUGCAACUAUUGCAGCAGAGAAUGCAACUGAUUUUGCAGCCCAAGUUGCCUCUCUGUCAAUUAAGGGAGAAUACGAACUGCUUUCCUUGAAAGGGUCUCUGGCUGCUGUCAGAAAAUCAGCUCAUGCAGCAGCUCUCAUUCAAGCUGCCUAUCGAGCCAGUUCUUUUCGUCAAAGACAAUUAGCGAAGAGCAGUGAUGAUAUUUCUGAAGUUUCACUUGACCUAGCUGCCCUUGGUUCCUUGAACAUGGUUCAAAAGAGGGGUCACUUUGAAGAUUAUUUACAUUCUGCAGCUGUAAAGAUCCAGCAAAAGUAUCGCGGCUGGAAGGGAAGGAAAGAUUUUUUGAAGAUACGCAAUCGAAUUGUAAAAAUUCAGGCUCAUGUGAGGGGACAUCAAGUUCGAAAGCAAUACAAAAAGGUAGUUUGGUCAGUUAGCAUUGUCGAAAAGGCAAUAUUGCGUUGGAGGCGGAAACGCACUGGUUUGCGGGGAUUUCGGUUGGAAAAGACAUUUGGAGAUGUGAAACCAGACACUGAGAAAAUGGAUGAAUAUGAUUUUCUGCGAAUAAGCCGCAAACAGAAAUUUGCUGGAGUUGAUAAAGCUCUAGCAAGAGUGACGUCAAUGGUUCGCAACCCAGAAGCACGUGAUCAGUACAUGAGGAUGGUUACAAAAUUUGAGAAUAUCAAGAUGGGUGAUGGAGGGUGUGGUGUAUCGCAGCAGGAUCAAAGUCCAAGAUAG